AUGAGCUUAAAAUUCAUUAUUUUAGCUUUCAAUUUAUUGAUGCAUGCUUCAUGUAUCUUUUAAUAAUCAAGUAGGUUGACGCAAUCUUUUACUUAAGCUUCAAACGAUACUUCAGUAUGGCCUAUAUUCAAGCCCUAUCCUGUAUUCUCCACAGAUUCUUUACAAUUUUGCAAAUAUUAUAUGAACUCUUAUCUUUACUAUUUUACUUAUUCAUAAAGAUAGUAUAUAUUUCUUAGUUUAUAGACUUGUGGCUUCAAUCUAUUUAGCGUUAAUGAUCCAUCUAAUCCUAAACUUGAAGUUAACUAUGCCAUACAAAGCGGAUAAAUCAAUAAAUCUACUUUUGAUACUUUAAGAAACUUACUUUUUGUUUGUUAAUCUGAAGGUAAUGUUUUUUAUAUUGAUUUCUAAAAAAAUUCAACCUAAGUCAACUUAGCAUUCUAAACAAAUAACUCUUUGCAAGCAUACUCAGUAGAAUUUAUAGCUGGAGUUUAAGACGCUAUUUUAGUAGUCUGCUAUAAUGAAAUAUAAAUAUUUCAAAGUCAAAUUAAUAAUCAACAAAGUUACUGGAUGGAUUUGUCAAAUUUCAAAUAUUAUCGUUCAAUAGUACUUUAAUAAGCAAAUGUAAUAGUUAAGGUAUAAUUUAUUAACAACCUGCUACUUGUUGGUAGCAAAUUUAUUGGACUAUAAGUAUAUUCUACAGAUUCUACUACCUUUAAUAAAGAUGCAACAUAUACUUACCUAUCAAUUUACUUACCUACUUAUUAGUAUGUCCAGGAUUUUCAUCUAAAAUCUAAUAAUAUCUUAUACUUACUAAUGAAUUACGGAGGAUUCUAUGUGUAUGAUUUUUCAGCUUGUAUACUUAGCGGAACUGUUCAUAACUGCUCAAAUAUCAAUUAUUUUUCACAAUAAAUCUAAAAUACUAAAUCAGGCACGAUGUACGUUUCUAAAGAUGAAAAAUACAUUUAUACACAAUUCAGCUCUUAAGGUAUUAUCAUUUAUGAUAUAACCUAGUAGAUUUUAAAAACUUUUUAGACUAUUUAAAUCAAAGGUGAGUCUGAUUUUAUUGCUCUAAAUGAUAAAGAAAAUUUAAUAUUUUUUUCUGGAACUCUUUAGUUCUAAAUAUAUAUAAAAUCUAAUACUAAUAACAUUCUUCUUGAUAGACCGAACAUAUUGUCAAACAUAGUCUAAAGUUAUGACAUAAAUUUCUAUAAAGAUACUACUUAUGUAAACCCCGAUAUUUCGUGUAUAGUAGAUACUAACAAGGGAAUAGUAUUUCUGACAAGAAUAACUUAAGGUAUUGUAGUUUUAUAGAGAUAACCUUAAGGAAUAUUGAAAGAAAUAAUUUAAUUAGAGAAAAAUGUUUAGUACUAAUAUGUCAUGAAAUUUAAAUACUUCAUAACUGAAUCUCUAAUGUAUGUUACUAAAGGACCUGCUGGUUUAAGUGUUAUGGAUUUUACUAAUCCAGCUACUCCAGUUUAUAUAUAAAAUAAUUUGACUUUUGGAGUAAAAAGCCCUUUUUUCUACUUCAUGGACUGUAAUUACUAAGAAACUAUGUGCUAUAUUAGCUCUACAUAAACAGGGGUGGUGUUAAUAGAUAUUUCAGAUAAAAGAAAUCCUAAGCUGCUAUCGAUUUUCAAUAGUAAUAACUUAAGUAUAGGAUCAUAGACUAUUAGCCAAUCUGUUUUCAUGAGAAAUAAGUCUAUUUUAUUUAGCUCCACAUAAACAUAUGGCAUAAUAGUACUAGAUUUAACAGAAAAAAGUAACCCUAAACUCAUAUCAUCACUAUUUACUAAUGAAGCCUCUGGACCAUUACUAACUUCAGAUGAUAAGUAUUUAAUUAUUUCUAGUACUUACAAAGGAUUGAUUAUUUGUGAUACAAGUGAUCUUACUCAGUUAAAAAUAAUUUCUACAGUAUAACUGAUUGGAGGUCUUAUAUAGGGAUUAUUUAUGAGUAAUGAAAAAUACGUGGUCAUACCUUCAUAUGAAGAACCUGCAUUUUACUUAAUUGACAUUUAAGAUAAGCUAAAUCCUAUUCUUCUGUAAACUUGGAAAAAAUAAACUCCAGGUAACUAUAUUGAUGUGUGCAUAGGCUAAGAUGAAAAUGAUGGGUAUCUGACCUCUGAUAUACCAUUAGUAUCCAUCAAUCUGAAAAGCUAAAUUAUUUUUUAUUAAUUUACCUAUCAAAUAACUACACUUCAAGGUACGAACCAACAAACUUAUUAAGAAAUAGACUCUACGUAACCCAUUUAUGUUGGAUAAUAAUUGAAUAUGUAUGUGUUUCCUCUUUACUCUGAAAAUUAGGUUAUAAUAAAAAGCGUAUAUUCUUAUGAAGAUUACAUUUUAUAACCUUUAUAAUCAUGGAUAAGAUUCUCAUCUGCUUAAAACCUCCUUAAAAUUAAUGUUGUAAAGGACUCUCUAUCAUAAAACUCUCAAGGACAGUAUGUUGAAACUACUAUAAAUCUUGUUUUUCAAACAUUUUUAAAACUUACAAGUUCAAGUUUUGUGAAUUCAUAUUUAGGAAUAGAUUCUUCUUUAUCUGCUAAAAUUUUAAACCAGUGUCAGCUCCUUGGCCUUGUAGAUGUUUAAAAUACUGUAGCCCAAGAUUUUGAUCCUAGAGUUUCUCUGAAACUAGAUAUUACCAGUAUAUCAAGUGCAGAUUUUUAAGCUACAUUAACACCUGAUAAAUUGCAAGACAUAAAUACUGCAAUAAAAUAUGUUCUGCAACACAGCAUAGUAUAUUACCCAAUUUAAUUACAGAUAUCUCCAUCGCUGAAAUUAAAUAUAGAUAACCCUUAGCAAUAUAUCUAUAGCCUAUAAUCUUAAGUUACAAUUUAUGUUAGCGUAGCUAAUAUUUCUUAAGGAAAAUUUGUAGAAAAUAAUUAUUCUGGAGUUUUGAGUAUUUUUUCUUAAUAUCAAAAUGAAAUAAAAAUUGAGGGAGAUAUAAACAAUGUAAAUCAAGCUUUAUUAAAAAAAAUAAAAUUUUAUUCUAUGGUACCAUAAGAUUAAAUAGUCUUUAAUGUUCAAGUAUCAGAUGGAGUUAAUUAUGAUAUAUUUUACACUUUCAGUUAUUAACAGAUAAGUUUUAUUACAGAACAAGCGAAGGUUUAGCUCAAAAGUGGUGCGUCUCUUUAAAAUGACUUGGCAUCAAAAAUUCCUGAUUCUUCUAUAUACAUUUUAGAGGCUUUUUAUUACUAAGUAUCAUCUGAUUUAUACUAUGGUGAUAGUUCAACAAGUUUGUAUUAUUCAGCAUAAAUAUUAGACGGAGACUAGUAUGUUGAAAUACCAGUUAACUUUUGGUUAUAGUUUUCUGCUUAAGAUCGAAUGUUUAGUGGUACUCCAAACUAAAGUAAUUUUAAUUAAAAAGUAAAAAUCAAAUUAAAAGUUACUGAUAACUAUUCGACAAACGAAUAGUUUAUGGAAAUAACUGUUGGAAAAGUACCAGUUAGUUAUGUGCUUUAAAUACUAAUUUAAGUGAUAAGUCCUGUUAUUGGUUUAUUAGGUAUUUGGAGAUAUAAAUAUCAAAUUUAUAACAUCACAAACAAGAAAAAAUACACUUAUUCAAAAGAAGUAGUUGUUGCUGGUAGUAUUUAUCAGAAAUAGAUUUUAUUAAAUAAUUAAAACAUUGUGGCUGCAAAUAAAGUUUUGUAAUACCUAAAGAAAAUUAUAACUGAUGAUGAAAUACAAAAGUAACUAGUGAGUUACUACUCAGUAGAUUCAAAUUAUUUGGAAAUAAUUUUCAAUGAGAAUACACUGACUUAAUCUGUAAAUAGUCCAGUUAAUAAAAAUCUAUCACAACAAUAUGAUAUAAAUGACAAAGUUAUUGAGAUUUAAGAUAGCCCUGCAGGAUAAUAAGAGUAAAUUAAAUAGAAUUUAUAGUUCAAAUAUCAAGCACAGGAUGAAAUAAAAGAUGACUAAAGUCCUCGCCAUUCUCCAAGUGGUUAAAAUACAGAUAUGAAAUAAUCUGAUAUCUUAUCAGCAAGUAAUAGCCAAUGUUUCCCUGCUUCAAACUCUUAAUCUUAGUAAAAUAGUUAGAUUUUUUCUCCUAAGUGUAACUAUUAGUAAAACUAAAGCAUUACAAUCUUUUCAAAAAGAUAGUCAGUAGAUUAACAGAGAGAAAACAGAUAAAAAAGUAUUUCAAGAAGAAAACUGACAAAGGCUUAUGAGUUUCAAUAAAAUUUUGUUAAACCUAAUAUAAAUGACUAAAAUGAAUCGUAAAAUAGAAGAAAAAAGAGCAGUAUUUAUCAAAAUAAUAGUCUUGUAAAUAUAUUUGACGAUAACAUGGUUUUAAACUACCCAAGAAUAAUCGAUUACUUAAUUGAAUAAAACAAAAAAGAAAAACAAGAAAGCUACCAUUUAUCUGAAGAGCUUGUAAGCCAGCUUUAUUAGCAAAACAGUUUCAUUAGACAGACGUUUGAAUCUUUUUUAGCAGAAUAUAUCCUUCAACGAGAUAACUUGUCUUAUGUUUUACUGGAGUAGUUGUAAUAGAGAGCUUAGUAAAUUAAUAAUCAAAGCCCAGACUGGUAUAAAUAUUAUUGUAAUAUUUAAGCUAAUUUUGAUGAAAUAUCUUUUAAUCCAUUACCAAAAAUAGUUUUUGAUGAUAAUUUCCUUCUUGAUAAUAUUAAAUAAUGCGUACAAUUACUAAAUUAAGUUAAAAUUGAUAAUGGAGUAGCUAAAAUUCCUGUAUCCCUCUAUUUAAUAAAGUAAGCAAUAAAAGCGUGUGCUUUAGGAUUUGUAAGUGAUUUUGCGAAAUAGAAAUAUAAAACAAGCGGAGAAUCUAUUAAUACAGAAGCAUGUAAUGUAAAAUAAAUAGUUUCCUUUAACAAAAGAGAAAUAAACCUACAAAUUUAGAAAAAAAAAUCUUAUUUUUAAAGAUUUUUGAGUAUUUUCUAAAAAGAUAUUGUCCAAAAACCUUUGAUAGAUAAUACUAAACUUCCUGCAUGGAUUAAUGGAGUAGAAAUUGUGAAUAACAAUAUAUUAAUUUCUGGUAAUCCUCAAAAAAAAGAUAUUGGAACUGUCUUUUUGGUUGUUUAUAGUAAGGAUUAUUUCAUUUUGAGAGAGUUUGAAAUCGAAGUAGUUGAUCCCAACGUUUUAUAAAAUGUUGCUAUUUCUCUAAAAAGUGAUGAAGAAAAUCCAUAUUAGUAAAAUAACUAAAUAACUAUUCCUGUAACCUGUUUAAAAACAAUUUAAAAAGAGAAGCUUUUAUCAAAUUAUAAAGAUUAAGAAACUGUAUUUACUGAGUUUAAAUGCUAGCAUAGCAAUGAAUAUACUAUUUAGUGA